CUUCUUUCGACAACAACCUACUUGCACAUGGGUAGCAGUCGUUAGUGACAGCGAUACUUUAGUUUUUAUGCGCUUCAUAUUUCUUUAUUUACAUUGAGUUUUGUCGCGUGACAACUUCGGAAGUUGUAAUGGGGAAGAAGAAGGUCGUCGGAGGAGGAGCAGGACUGGGCCGAUCUCUGAUAAAAGAGAGACUGCAGUCAAGCCGAGGCAAUAAGAGGAGCGACUCAUGGCGCCACACUAGUGAACUGAACGACGGCUACGACUGGGGACGGCUGAACCUGCAAUCGGUGACAGAACAAAACUCUAUGGAUGACUUCUUGGCUACUGCUGAACUGGCAGGAACAGAGUUUGUUGCAGAGAAACUCAACAUCAAGUUUGUUCCCGCUGAUUCCAGAGCAGGUUUAUUAACAACCGAGGAGAAAACCAAGUUAAAGGAACUCCAUGAAGAAAAUAAGCAUUUCCUCAGAAUACCUCGGCGCCCCCACUGGGAUGAAAGCACAAGUACAGAUGAACUUCAGCAGGCGGAGAAAGACAGCUUCUUGCAGUGGAGAAGAGUACUUGCAGAGCUGGAAGAGGAGCAGAAGUUAAUUCUCACCCCAUUUGAGAGGAACCUUGAAUUCUGGAGACAGUUGUGGAGAGUGAUCGAAAGGAGUGAUGUGGUCGUUCAGAUUGUUGAUGGCAGAAAUCCUUUACUCUUCAGAUGUGUAGACCUGGAGGCGUACGUGAAAGAGAUUUCACAGAAUAAGGUGAACAUGAUUCUGGUGAACAAGGCAGACUUGCUGACUAGGGAGCAGAGGCGAAUCUGGGCCAAGUACUUUGAGAAAGAGGGGCUGAGGGCGGUUUUCUGGUCUGCCCUGGCUGAGAGCAACAGGUUGGAUGCAGAAGAAAAGGGUGAGGAGAUGGAAGAGCCGGAGAAUGUGGAGAGUGACCCAGAAGGAGAAGGAUCACCAUGUAAUGAAGAAUCAAGCCACAAAGAAGCUGAUGAAGAGUAUGUAGAGGCGAGGGAAGAGGAAGAAAGCAGUUCGGAGGACGAGCAGCAGGAAUAUGUAACUGUGGAUGAGGAGGAAUGGCACACCUGCUCAGAAGCUGAGGAGGAAGAAGACGGAGAGACGGUUGGCUCAUCAAACAAAUCAUUCCACAACUCCAGCCGACUGCUGCACAAGGAUGAGCUGCUGGACGUGUUUAAGGCUGUACACAAAGGGCCCAGGUGUAAAGAAGGAGAACUGACAGUAGGACUGGUCGGUUAUCCCAACGUAGGAAAGAGCUCCACCAUCAACACCAUUCUAAGGAACAAGAAGGUGUCUGUUUCAGCCACUCCUGGACACACUAAGCAUUUUCAGACUCUCUAUGUGGAGCCGGGCAUGUGUCUGUGUGACUGCCCAGGUCUUGUCAUGCCCUCCUUUGUCUCCACCAAAGCUGAGAUGAUCUGCUCCGGGAUUCUGCCCAUCGACCAGCUGAGAGAUCAUGUGCCUGCAGUUUCCUUUGUAUGCCAGACGAUCCCGCGGCACGUGUUUGAAGGCACAUAUGGCGUCAACAUCAUUAGACCUCGAGAAGAUGAAGACCCUGACAGACUCCCCACCUCUGAAGAGCUGCUGAUGGCAUAUGGAUACAUGAGAGGUUUUAUGACGUCACACGGGCAGCCCGACCAAUCCAGAUCAGCUCGAUACAUCCUGAAGGAUUACGUCAGUGGCAAGCUUCUGUUCUGCCAUCCUCCCCCACAUAUAAACGCUGAGGACUUUCAGCCGCAGCACAGCAAGUUCCUGAGUAGCGACUCGGACACCUGCGACCUCUCCGCGGUGGCAAAAAGACCAAAGAAAAUCAAGAGAAUUGAAAAUGUUGUGGACAAAAACUUCUUUCAUCAGGAGAACGUGCAGGCUCUCACCAAAGGAGUUCAAACCAUCAUGGGCUACAAACCAGGCAGUGGACCCGUGACCCAAGGCAGCACCGAAUCGCAGAGGGAGAGGAUGGUGGACAAACCCUGGAAAAAACAUGGCAACAAGAACAAGAAGGAGAAAUUACGACGUAUUACCAAGCAUCUGGAUGCCUGAUGAUGUUGUGAAAUCUUGUUUUUUUUUAUCUGGUUAUUUCAAAUGGAGUGGAAAAUAUUUUAAGGGCAGUUCAUUUGUGAUUCUGAUUGGAAUCGACAGUGAAUGGUAGGUGGAUGAAAGCCCCUUAAAUCCAGUGGAUAUGGAUAGGACUUGAUCUUCUUGAGUUUCAUUAGAUAUCGUACGGCUAUGGAAUGAGGGUGAUAUCCAUACAAAGCAUUCCAUCAGCUGGAUCAGCAGUUUUACAGCAGUUCACAGGCUCUGCAUCCAGACGGUAUGACAAAAUAACACAAUAAAAAAACUGUUUAGGGACAAAAGAAAUGUCACACACUAUUCAUUAAACAGUUAAUGCACAUCACAGUUGUAUGUGUAAUACUGCCUUUUUCACAUGCUGUAAUGAUUUCCAUCAUCAAACUGGGCUGCAGAAU